AUGUCGAAGCGCUACAAGGAGGAGCGCGACUAUCAAUCCCUUGUCCGCGCAGUUUGUAUAGUAUUAUUAAACCAAUAUGGCAACGUGGAAGUGAAGAGGAAGAGUAAAAAGGGGAGUGUAGCAUUACCAUUUCUUCGCAUCGGGCGGCUUCAAUUUUCCGAGAACGAUUGUCUUAAUGUGAAAGACUUUGUCAAAAAGAGAGUGCAAAUACAAUGGAAUCUUGACAUUGAAAAUCAAAUGAAUGAGACAACGGCGCUCUGUAGGAAGAAAAAGAACGCGAUUGGGGAGUCGAUUAAUUUUGUCGUUGACCUUCUGGGUGAGCUUGGAUUUCGGUUUAAAGCAAAGGUGUCGAGUGGGAGGAAUAACACAAUGAAGGUCGACCGAGUCCUGGAAAUAGAGAAACAGGGAUUGGUUCUCACCAAGCAGCGGAUCAUUGACAUUGGGCUAUGUGUAUGUGACUUCAUUGUUAAAAAAACAGGCGAAGAAAAAUUUGUUGUCUUCCCCAAAAAUGAUCUCAUCCUUCAAAAAUUUAUGGAAGUUGCGACAAAAUAA